UUUAAAUUCAAUCUCAGCACAUUCAAUGUUUUCUUUCCUUUUUCCUCCCAAACUCUCGGACAUAUCUCUCAAUCCCUCAUCAAGAUUCAGUUUCACAAAAUCAACCUACAAACAUCCCAUGAAUGCUACAUUUUCCUUGUCCAAAGGCGCUGUUUUUGAGCCUUUUGGGCCAAAGAAAAUCGAAACUAAAGACAGUACGCACUCCAACAACAAGAAAAUCAGUUUCAUUUUCCAAACUCGAAACGUAUCCUUUUCUCAAAUUUUGCUCAUGAAAUUUCAUAACUACAUUGUUGUUACUGUUUUAAAUUCAUUGACUGUAUUCAUUUGAUGUGAAAAUUUAUUACAAGCCCACAUAAUGAUGAAACAGAACAUCUCUCUCUCUGUCUCUCUGAAAAUCAGCUGCAAAAGGGUUGUUGUCCCAAAAUUUGUUUGCAAGGUGAGGGCUUUCAUGUCCGGAGCUUCUCAUUCGGAUUGAUUUCUGCUUAGAAGAAAACCCAUUUGCCUUGAAUUGAAGAUGCCACAAAAAGUGGGGACCUUUAGCACUCUUGAACAAUUCAAUGAACCUACUGUUAGAACCUUAAACCAACCAAACAGACCCUUCCCACUAAGAUUACUUCAGUGUCUCUUGCUCUUAUUGGGACUAGCCAUAGUGUUUUCCUUUCUCAGUUUUUACGCAAGCCGUUAUCUCAAGGUACCGAAGGAAACCACUAUAAUUCAGUCAAGAUUCUUGCCUUGUGCUCAAGAAUUGAAAACUUUAGAGAGUUGGGUAAAACCUCCUUCAACAUUAUUGCAUCAUAUGAAUGACACCGAGCUUUUUUGGCGGGCUUCAUUCGCGCCCAGUAUACAAAGUUACCCUUUCGAAAGGAAUCCCAAGAUUGCUUUCAUGUUCUUGACAAGAGGGCCUUUGCCUUUGGCUCCUUUGUGGGAGAAGUUCUUCAAAGGGAAUGAGAAUCUUUAUUCGAUUUAUAUUCACUCUUUGCCUUCUUAUCAGCCCGAGUUUUCAUCUUCAUCGGUUUUCUAUGGCAGGCAAAUUCCGAGCCAGGUGGCCGAGUGGGGCAUGAUGAGCAUGUGCGACGCCGAGAGGCGUCUCCUAGCAAACGCCCUGCUCGACUUCUCAAACGAGUGGUUCGUGCUCUUGUCCGAAGCUUGCAUUCCCCUUCACAACUUCACCAUAAUCUACCGAUACAUUUCCAAAUCCCACUUUAGCUUCAUGGGCUCGUUCGACGAGCCCGGCCCGAACGGCCGCGGCCGCUACAACCCCAACAUGGGCCCGCUCGUCAACCUCACCAACUGGCGCAAAGGUUCCCAAUGGUUCGAAAUCGGUCGAGACUUAGCCUUGAAAAUCGUCCGAGAUUCCCUCUACUACCCGAAAUUCGAGCAAUUUUGCCGGCCCGCGUGCUAUGUAGACGAGCACUACUUCCCGACAAUGCUGACGAUCGAGUCCCCGCGCCAGCUGGCGAACCGGAGCCUCACGUGGGUUGACUGGUCGAGGGGCGGGCCCCACCCGGCGACGUUUGGGAGUGGGGACGUUAGCGAAAAAGGGUUUUUUCGUAAAAUGAGGGAGGGGAACUCGGGGUGCAUGCACAACGAUCGGCACACGUCUUUGUGUUUUUUGUUCGCGAGGAAGUUUGCGCCGAGCGCGUUGGAUUAUUUGUUGGGAAAUUCGUCCGAGUUGUUCGGGUUUUGAGGUUCGGGAUAAUAUGGUGUGAUUGUUUGUUAU